AUGGGCGUUCAGAAUAGGUUUCCCCGGCGUCUGCGCGGCGCAGGCUUGCACCCCCAAGUGGCUCAGCGCCAGGAUGUUGGUCCCCGCGGCCACCCCGCGCUCUUCCGGGGAUUAUUUUACGUGCGGUUGCGGCUUGCAGUGGUCAGGCGAAAGACCGACGACGACGACGACGAAGAAGAAGAAGAAGAAGAAGAAGAAGAAGAAGAAGAAGAAGAAGAAGAAGAAGAAGAAGAAGAAUUUUCUCUGAACUGUCAAAGAUGAGACGGCGUUAUGAGAAAAAUGACGAAUCGCCAACGGACAAAUGGAGUAAACAGAGAACGGGGAACUCCUUUUCAGUC